UCCUCCGGCAGCUGCUGACGACUCCCCGGCCUAGCCUGCUGCGGGCCCAACGCCGCGCCACCGGCCAUGGUGCCCAACGAGGAGAGCCAGCUCGUCCCCAAAGAGAUUUGGGUGUGAUUCUUCUCAGAUUCUCUUCUAAGUUACACCUCACUACUUUUUGAUAUGUUUUGGAGUUGCAGACAAAGUCUCUUUGAUGAAAUGAAGAAGAAAUUUUCACAGAUAGAAAGUGCUGCUGAUGAACCUAGAGUGCUGUGUAUAAUACAAGAUACUACCAAUUCUAAGACUGUGAAUGAACGUAUCACUUUAAACCUGCCAGCUUCCACUCCAUUAAGAAGGCUGUUUGAGGAUGUGGCCUCCAAAGUGGGCUAUGUUAAUGGAACUUUUGAUUUAGUUUGGGGAAACGGAAUCAAUGUCGCGGAUAUGACUCCUUUGGAUCAAACCAGCGAUAAAUCUAUUCUUGAAGCUCGUUUUGAGGUAGGGAAGAAAAAUUUUCUACGUUUGACAGAUAAAGAUGGUGAACAGCCUCAUAUAAUGUCGGAGGAAUCGGGUACAACAGAUGAUGGUAAUCAAGAGAGGUUUAUAGGCCCUCUACCAAGAGAAGGCUCUGUUGGUUGUACCAAUGAUUAUGUCUGUCAAAACUACUCAUACUCUUCUAUCCUGAGUAAAUCGGAGACAGGCUAUGUGGGAUUAGUAAAUCAAGCCAUGACUUGCUAUUUGAACAGCCUAUUGCAAACACUUUUCAUGACUCCUGAAUUUAGAAAUGCAUUAUACAAAUGGGAAUUUGAAGAAUCUGAAGAAGAUGCAGUGAUGAGCAUCCCUUACCAGCUUCAAAGACUGUUUGUUUUAUUGCAGACCAGCAAAAAGAGAGCAAUUGAAACAACAGAUGUUACACGGAGCUUUGGAUGGGAUAGUAGUGAGGCAUGGCAGCAGCAUGAUGUACAGGAGCUUUGUAGAGUCAUGUUUGAUGCUUUGGAACAGAAGUGGAAGCAAACAGAGCAGGCUGAUCUCAUAAAUCAACUGUAUCAAGGCAAACUGAAGGACUAUGUAAGAUGUCUAGAAUGUGGCUAUGAGGGCUGGAGAAUUGACACUUACCUGGAUAUUCCAUUGGUCAUCAGACCUUAUGGCUCCAACCAGGCAUUUGCUAGCGUGGAAGAAGCGUUGCAUGCAUUUAUUCAGCCUGAGAUCCUUGAUGGCCCUAAUCAGUAUUUCUGUGAACGCUGCAAGAAGAAAUGUGAUGCAAGGAAGGGCCUGCGGUUUUUGCAUUUUCCAUAUCUGCUGACUUUACAAUUGAAGCGGUUUGACUUUGAUUACACCACUAUGCACAGGAUUAAACUUAAUGAUCGCAUGACUUUUCCUGAAGAGCUAGACAUGAGCACGUUCAUUGAUGUUGAAGAUGAGAAGUCUCCCCAAACUGAGAGUUGCACUGAUAGUGGAGCAGAGAAUGAAGGCAGCUGUCACAGUGAUCAGAUGAGCAAUGAUUUUUCUAAUGAUGAUGGUGUUGAUGAAGGAAUCUGCCUUGAAAGCAAUAGUGGUGCUGAAAGGAUUUCAAAAGUUGGCAUUGAAAAGAAUUCUUUACUGUAUGAACUCUUUUCUGUAAUGGUCCAUUCAGGAAGUGCUGCCGGUGGCCAUUACUAUGCCUGCAUAAAAUCUUUUAAUGAUGAGCAGUGGUAUAGCUUCAAUGAUCAACACGUCAGCAAGAUUACCCAAGAAGAUAUUAAAAAAACAUAUGGUGGGUCCUCUGGAAGCAGAGGCUAUUAUUCCAGUGCUUUUGCUAGCUCCACAAAUGCAUAUAUGCUUAUAUACAGACUGAAGGAUCCAACAAGAAAUGCAAAAUUUCUUGAUGUGAAUGAAUAUCCAGAGCAUAUUAAACAAUUGGUACAGAAAGAAAAAGAGUUAGAAGAGCAAGAGAAGAAGCAACGUGAAAUUGAGCGCAAUACUUGCAAGAUAAAAUUGUUCUGUAUGCAUCCUGUGAAACAAAUAAUGAUGGAGAAUAAAUUAGAAGUUCAUAAGGACAAGACACUGAAGGAAGCUGUAAAAAUAGCUUACAAGAUAAUGGAUAUAGAAGAAGCAGUUCCUCUGGACUGCUGUCGUCUUGUUAAAUAUGACGAGUUCCAUGAUUACUUGGAGCGAUCAUUUGAAGAGGAGGAGGAGGAUAUACCAAUGGGACUCUUACUUGGAGGAGUCAAAUCAACAUACAUGUUUGACUUACUUUUGGAAACAAAAACACCUGACCAGGUUUUCCAGUGUUAUAAACCUGGAGAGGUUAUGGUGAAGGUUCAUGUAGUAGACCUCAAGACUGAAUCUGUUGCUCCUUCUAUCAGUGUGCGAGCUUAUUUGAAUCAGACAGUUACAGAAUUCAAGCAACUCAUUUCAAAGGCUGUACGUCUGCCUGCUGAAACGAUGCGGGUAGUACUGGAACGUUGCUACAAUGACUUGCGUCUUCUCAAUGUGGGCAACAAAACGCUGAAAGCUGAAGGCUUUUUUAGAAGUAAUAAGGUAUUCGUUGAAAGUUCGGAGUCGUUGGAUCGCCAAAUGGCAUAUACAGACUCCCAUUUGUGGAAACUUUUGGAUCGUCAUGCAAACACAAUCAGGCUAUAUGUUUCAUUGCCAGAACAAUCUCCUGGGUCUCAAUUUAAAAGGACAGUCAAUCAAAAAGCAAGUGGAGAUUCAGGUAAUUUGGAUGAAGCCUGUGCAAGAGUGAAAGGACCUCUGGGUAAUAUGAGAUCUGUAGAGGCUAUCCUGGAAGAAAGCACUGAAAAACUCAAAAGCUUGUCGCUCCAGCAAGAGCAGGAAGGAGAUAAUGCAGACAGUAGCAAGAGCACAGAAGCAAGUGACUUUGAAAGCAUUGAAUCACCUUUGAAUGAGGUAGACUCUUUAGCAUCAGCAGAAAACAGAGAACUUGAAAACCAAAUUCAAAUUUCUGAUCCAGAAAAUUUCCAGUCAGAGGAGCGGUCAGAUUCUGAUGUGAAUAAUGACAGAAGCACAAGUUCAGUGGACAGUGAUAUUCUUAGUUCCAGUCACAGCAGUGACACUUUAUGCAACGUGGACAGUGCCCCGAUGCCCUUGGCUAAUGGACUUGAUUCUCAUAGCAUCACAAGUAGUAGGAGAUCUAAAGCAAAUGAAGGGAAAAAAGAAACCUGGGACACAGCAGAAGAUGAUUCUGGAACUGACAGUGAAUAUGAUGAAAGUGGCAAGAGUACAGGAGAAGCACAAUACAUGUACUUCAAAGCAGAGCCCUAUGCUUCAGAUGAAGGUUCAGGAGAAGGACAGAAAUGGUUGCUUGUGCAUGUUGAUAAAAGAAUUACACUGUCUUCCUUCAAGCAACACUUGGAGCCCUUUGUUGGAGUUCUCUCUUCUCACUUCAAGGUCUUUCGAGUCUAUGCCAGCAAUCAAGAGUUUGAGAGUGUUCGGCUGAAUGAGACACUUUCAUCAUUUUCUGAUGACAAUAAGAUAACUAUUAGACUUGGAAGAGCACUUAAGAAGGGGGAAUACAGAGUCAAAGUGUACCAGCUCUUGAUAAAUGAGCCAGAACCAUGCAAGUUUCUUUUAGAUGCUGUUUUUGCUAAAGGAAUGACUGUGCGUCAGUCAAAAGAGGAGCUACUUCCUCAACUCAGGGAGCAAUGUGGCUUAGAUCUGACGAUUGACAGGUUUCGCCUACGAAAGAAAACCUGGAAGAAUCCAGGCACUGUAUUUCUGGAUUAUCAUGUCUAUGAGGAAGAUAUUAAUAUUUCAAGCAACUGGGAGGUCUUCUUAGAAAUACUUGACGGGGCAGAGAAGAUGAAAUCCAUGUCACAGCUUGCUGUUCUGUCAAGACGAUGGAGGCCAUCAGAGAUGAAGCUUGAUUCCUUCCAGGAAGUAGUUCUGGAAAGCAGCAGUGUUGAUGAAUUAAAAGAGAAGCUUAGUGAAAUAAGUGGAAUACCCUUGGAAUAUAUAGAAUUUGCUAAGGGGAGAGGCACAUUUCCCUGUGAUAUUUCAGUACUAGAGAUCCACCAGGACUUGGACUGGAAUCCUAAAGUGUCUGCAUUGAAUGUCUGGCCUCUCUACAUUUGUGAUGAUGGUGCAGUAAUAUUUUAUAGGGAUAAAACUGAAGAGUUAAUUGAAUUGACAGAUGAACAGAGAAAUGAACUAAUGAAAAAAGAAAGCAGCAGACUCCAGAAAACCGGACACCGCGUAACCUACUCCCCUCGUAAAGAAAAAGCACUAAAAAUUUAUCUGGAUGGCGCCCCAAAUAGAGAGUCGACUCAAGACUGACAUUUACAAUAGCAUUUCCCUUGGGGAAUUUUUUUGUUUUAAGUAAUUAAAAAAAAAAAAAAAGUUCACUACUACUGUGUAGUGCCAUUAUGGCAGGACACUCAUUAGGUGUAAAGCAAUGACACCAGCACUGAUUGGGCUGCAGUUUACCAAUCAGAAGCUCAGUGCCCAGUCGGGCCACUGUUUGACUUUGAAUCAUGUUGUGCACUAUAGUCAAAUGUACUGUAAAGCUAAAGGGAUGUGCAAAUAAACAAAAAAUGAAUAGAAAAAAUGGGGAGGGGAGGAAAAUGAGUGGAAAUGAUUGAGGACAAUGUGCACAUAGUAGCUAGUAAAACUAGCAUCAAACAGGAUACUCAUAGCUUAAUAAUAAAAGCUGUGCAAAGGCCAUGAAUGAAUUCUUUUGUUUGUUUCAGUGAUACACACAUUACCUCAUUGAAGGUUUGGAAGUAAAUGUAACACAUUGGCUUUUGGAAAGCAGCAAAAAUGGGGUGAAGAUGUAAUGGAAUUUUCAAAAGCCAGCUCUAAAAGUUGUCAGGUUUUAGAAGAAUCCUUGGACUAUUCUUCCUUAAAACAGGUACCUUUAGAAAGUUACCAGGAGGUCUUGGCUCAUUUUGCUCAAGUAUUGUAAGGUAACUCUUUUUUAAAUAGCUUAUGAAAGCAGAAGAGCAACUUUACUAUAUUGCAUUCAAUGUGUAAAUAAAAUCUCCCUGUCCAGUUAGCAGAACUAUAGUUCAGUUACUUAUCAUAGUAUUUCUUUUCACAUAUCAAUAUUCGUUGUGUACAUUUGAAAGUAUAGCUGCCUAUUUAAAUUUGUAUUCAUUUUAUGUUUGGCAGUGCUGGGUACUUUAGGGUUGCAUUUCCCUUUGUUAGUGAGUUUUUUGGUGUGUUUUUUUUUGGUUCUGCUACUUAUUUUUGUACAUUUUGUUUUUGAAGACUUCAUUACAAGUUUGCAUUUUCUAGUCCCAUUGCAAGUCACACUUUAAUUUUUCCUGGAGUUGAUUCAUAGUUAUUUGUAGUUUAAACAUUUUGGCAACCUCUAACACCUCACAGUAUAAACUUGCUGGUAGUUCAGGUUGUGGUGCAGACUGAUGCAGUCAACAUGAUUUCAUUGCAAGUCCUAGAAACAGCAGGUUUUUGCAUCGCUACAUCAAUUGAGAACAAAAACUAUGUAGAAUUGGAAAUAUCAACUAAUUUAUAACAAUCAAUAAAAGGUUUUGGUAAACUUUUUCAUGCCUGAUGCUGUUUACAACAAUGAACAUGCCAAUAAAACAUUUGUUCAUUC